UAUGUUUAAAUUCACAGUUCAAAAUGAAUUAAUCAUCGUUUUAAAACAUGUAAUGACGUGGCAGUGACUCUAGAUUUCAUAGACACUUUGGUAUGUCAGGGGUGAAAUCUUAUCUGACCAUCACUGACCAUCUUUCCUGUUUCUCCGGCCUGAAAUCGACUUCUCCGCCUGCUCAAGCUAACGUUGCCGCGAAGUCACAGCCACGAGUCGCCACUAUGUUGACCGGCUUUUCGACCCGGACCCACAAAACGUGCUGCAGGGAGUCAUUGACAUGAAGAACGCUGUCAUCGGAAAUAACAAGCAAAAGGCCAACCUGAUUGUCCUGGGAGCUGUGCCGAGACUGCUUUAUCUUCUCCAACAGAGCUCAUCCAGUCUAGAGUUGAGGACUGAAUGUGCAGUUGUGUUGGGCAGUCUGGCCAUGGGCACAGAAAACAACAUCAAGUCCUUGGUUGACUGUCACAUCAUCCCAGCCUUGCUGCAGGGUCUAUUGUGUUCAGAUCUGAUCUUCAUUGAAGCAUGUCUGCGCUGUUUAAGAACCGUUUUCAUUAGUCCAGUUACACCAGUCCAGCUACUUUACACAGACCCCACUGUGAUCCCUCAUCUCAUGUCUCUGUUGAGUCAAUCACAGCACACACAGGAAUACAUCACACAAAUCUUUGCUCACUGCUGCAAGACUCCAGAACAUCAGACAGUUUUGUUCAAUCACGGUGCCAUCCAGAACAUUGCUCCACUGCUGAUUUCUCCCUCAUAUAAGGUACGGAUGCAGGCGUUAAAGUGUUUCUCAGUCUUGGCCUAUGAGAACACUCAGGUGUCUAUGACACUGGUGAAUGUGCUUGUAGAUGGAGAGCAACUCUCUCAGGUUUUUGUCGGAAUGAUGCAAAGGGACAAACCAAUUGAAAUGCAGCUUACAGCUGCCAAAUGUUUAACAUACAUGUGUCGAGCAGGAGCCAUCAGGACGGAUGACAGCUGUGUUGUACUAAAGACUCUGCCGUGCCUGGUGCGGAUGUGCAGUAAAGAAAGGUUACUGGAGGAGCGGGUGGAGGGGGCGGAGACACUGGCUUACCUGAUGGAGCCAGACAUAGAACUGCAGCGGAUCGCCAGCGUCACUGACCAUCUCGUAUCCAUGCUGGCUGACUACUUUAAAUACCCGAGCUCUGUCAGCGCCAUCACGGAUAUUAAGAGGCUGGACCAUGACCUAAAACACGCACAUGAGCUCAGACAGGCAGCUUUCAAACUCUACGCCUCACUGGGCUCUAAUGAUGAGGACAUCAGGAAGAAGAUCACAGAGACAGAGAACAUGAUGGACAGGAUUGUCAGCGGCCUAUCAGAAUCCAGCAUCAAAGUACGGUUAGCAGCAGUCAGAUGCUUGCACAGUUUAUCACGAUCUGUACAACAGCUAAGAACGAGUUUUCAUGAUCACGCAGUAUGGAAGCCAUUAAUGAAGUUAUUACAGAAUGCGCCAGAUGAGGUGCUGGUUAUGGCCUCUUCAACACUAUGCAACUUACUGCUGGAGUUUUCUCCCAGCAAGGAGCCUAUUUUAGAGUCUGGGGUCAUCGAGUUACUAUGCAGUCUUACACAAAGCGACAGUCCAGCUCUGAGGGUCAACGGCAUCUGGGCUCUCAUGAAUAUGGCGUACCAGGCAGAUCAAAAGGUGAAAGUGGAGAUCGUUCGAGCGUUGGGCACGGAACAGCUCUUUAGACUCCUGUCUGACCCUGAUACCAAUGUGCUCAUGAAAACACUGGGGCUGCUUCGUAAUCUACUGUCCACCAGACCGCAUAUAGACCAGAUCAUGAGCUCACAUGGGAAGCAGAUAAUGCAAGCGGUCACUCUUAUUCUGGAGGGAGAACACAGCAUAGAGGUCAAAGAGCAGACUUUGUGUAUAUUGGCCAACAUCGCUGAUGGAAACACAGCCAAGGACCUCAUUAUGACCAAUGACGACAUGCUCCAGAAAAUCAAAUAUUAUAUGGGACACUCCAAUGUGAAGCUGCAGCUGGCCGCCACCUCCUGCGUCUCCAACCUCAUCUGGAAUGAGGAGGAUGGAUUAUCCUCUUUUGUAGGCUCACAAGAGAGGCAAGACAAACUAAAAGAGAUGGGAUUUGUUGAUAUUUUACACAAACUCACCCUGGCAUCAGAUCCAGGCCUCUGUGACGGGGCAAAAACAGCAAUGCAGCAGUAUUUGGCGUGACCUGAAAGAAAGGUGCGAUGUGCCCCGACAACUUAAGGAGGAUGUCAUCUCCUGUGUUUUUGCUUUAGAUUUGAGUUUCUUUUUUGCUCUUCCUUUUGGUUUUGUUGCACAAGACACCUUCGGUUGUGGAGACUCCCCGAACAACUUGGUAAUCAGAGACACCGUUGCCAGGGGCCACAGCACCUUUUGGGCUCACGGCUACGUUGGUUUAAUGUUUUCUGCUGAACUCUCGGAGCUAAUAUUUUCGUUUGUUUUUGGACAUAAUGUGAAGGAUUAAGUAACUUCCUCAAAGUGUGUUGCGCCGCCACCUGGUGGUUUGGAGGCUUUGAUGCUUUGGACUCCCUUGGAGAAAGCUAACUGACCUCUGUGCUAAGCUUGUAGGAGCUUAGUCUCCUUAUUUUGGUUUGCUGAUUUACUGUUGAUGAUGUUAUUAUAACUAUAAUUAUUAUUAUUAUUAUUAUUUUAAUUGGGACUUGGAAAGGUUAGAAAAAAAGUCUGCUCGUUUUUGUUCUUUUUUGUAGAUACAUACCUCGUAAAUAUAUAUAAAUAUAAAUAUAUAAAUAUAUUUUUUGGAUUUUUAAUUUACCCUUUCAGGUUGUUCUUUCCCUUUGUAUUUUCCUCUCUGUAUUAUAGUGGGUUUAUGUGGAGAGGCAGCAUGUUGGGUUACACACCGAACAUUUAAUAGAAACCAUCCGACCCUAAACAGAAGGUGAAGAUUUGUUUGCUUUACCACUGGUUCUCAUUUUUAUUCACUUUAUCUUUACAAGAAUUGGUCGCCGCCUCAUAACUCCAUCUUUUUGAAGCUCUAUAGUGAAUGUUUCCACUCAAAUAUAUGCAGGCCUCUGCCAUGGAGCAGCCCACUUGUUUGUGUCUUUUUUCCUGGCUUUUUUUACAACUAUAACUACAAUGCGUGUUGCAUAGAGGUUAACAUGGAUAGACUGUACGUGCUACAGACUUUUUAAGCUUUGGUGUGCAUGUAAGAUUGACAGAAACCUACAUCUAGGUGCAUCAAAUUUCAAAUUGAGGGUAGCUACAAAGGAAACAGUCAUUCAAUGGCAAAUCCCACAGCAUCUGCUAAAUGAAUUCAUGUAAAUAAAAAAGCAGACAGCAAAUGCACUAUUGUGAAUCAGGUGAGAGUACGAAUGAAAAGGAGCACAGAACUAUUCAUUCUUAUAAAACAUCACCUUUUGAUUUAUUAGUCUGGUGUCUCUUGUAAAGCUUGUUACAGUUAAUAAAAUACAUCUAGACCCCUGUAUGCCCUGGGUCGUGCAGCCCCCCACCCCCCUCCAAUAUAUGCAGGCACAUUCCUCAUGCAAAUGAACUGGACAUGCAGGAAACCCCAGACCCCCCAAAAGUCCCAAAAAAUUUCCUACUGUCCAUAUUCAGACUCCCUGGCCUAGACAGAGAAAAUAGAAACCUAUUGUGAUAUAAGCAUCAUGCCCUUUCCGAAUUCAAGCAAGCACAUGUUAUUUGGGACAGACAGAUGGCGCACCCGUGCCAUGAGUUUGGAUGAACCUCGGCAAACUGAUGAAACGGUACAAUGUCAUUCUGGUUCCAGCGAUAUUAAUUGAAUAUGAAUGGAAGAUCAAGAUGGUUGCUUGGUUUUGGCGUCUUAAGAGGACUGUUGCUGGUCAUCGGAUAUCAGAGACGGGGAGAUCAUGAGUAUAGUGUCCUUAAUCACAUGGAGAUCUUGACGGGAGUCUUUUCUUAGGAUUGCAAAUAAAUACAUAUUUAAUUGAAUAAAUAGAUGAGUGAAAUAAAAGUGCAGU